AUGGUACGUAACAGCACUUCACACGUUAAUAGUACCACCGAAAAGAGUAAAGAAGAGGAUAAACAUGAUACUGAGGAGUUAACACAUGAUAAUGAAUCGCAUACUCUCGGCACAGUGGCAGAAGACCGUAUUGGAAGUACAUCGGAAGUAGGACAUGGUGUGACAAAUCCGAAUGAGCUAAGUCAUGAACCACAGACUAACACGGAACGCAGUCAUUCCAAGAAGAUCAAGUUUUACGCAGGAUGUUGUAAAAAGGAUGGCAGUGCCGAAUGUAAGACAUGGUUAAACGAUGAGAAGGAUAUGUCUAUUGGUGUGAAAUUGUUUGGUAUGGACUUUAAUGAAACUGAAAAAGAUAAAUACAUGAGCAAAGGUUUUAUCACUUUUAUGGAACCAGAGUCCUCUGCGAAAUCGAGUGGCGCAGAAAUGUCCACAAUGAAACUGAAUUAUGAAACUAAUGGUAAUUAUACGAAAUGUUUUGGGAGAUCGCUGAAUCAACCAUUCGGUUAUGAUAAUACAGUUGAUUUCAAGGCGAUCUGUUCUAAAAAUAAUUUUGGAAUUGUGAAUUGCGACACGUACGAUGAUUCUGUAAACCCUAAUGAUGACAAAAUGGAGCUGGUUAAAUUAUCUUGCAUCGAUUCUAAAGAUUAUAUACACUGUCAAGGUGUUUCGAUUGUCAAAGGCAUUGAUUUUGGUCCAAAGAGGGAGCUUCCUCAUGUUCCCAUCCUCGCACCGAUUGAACCUAGCACAUGAACCAGUUUCGGGUAACGCUGCCCUCAUUGUAGGAGUUUGUGCAGUUCCGUUUUUAUUCCUUUUGGUUUUCCUUUUUGUUUGGUGUAUCAGGAGACGAAAGAAAAAAAGAGGAAGCUACGUAGUGCAUGGCAAAAUGGUGGAUACAACAAAAGUUA